CUUCCCCAAAGACUUCCUCCAUCUCUAAAGCAAAGGGAGAAUCCUUGGAAAUAGGAUGCCCUUCAAAAAGAACGGCAUUCUUACUGAAUUAGAUUUGUAAUCAGAGGACCUGGGUUCAGAUCUCAGCUCUGUUAUUUAACCAAUCAUGGUCCCUCUGGGGGCCUAGUUCCUCAUCUAGGAAAUGCUUUUCAUCACACACCCCUCGGAACUAUGUGGGACUCCUUCUCCAAAUUCUAUUGUUAAGUGCAUAAAAUCAAAUGCUUCCAUUACAAAGGAAGCGCAUUCUAUUGAAAUGCAGUUAUCAGAAUUAAAAAAAAAAAUCAAAACAACUUCAGCACCCCCCAGGUGAAGACCUCCUGGGCUAGAUGAUCUCUAAAGUCCCUUUCAACUCUGACAUUCUAUGAACCAGUGCGUCUUAGAACUAGGAAACCAGGAUUUGAAUGUCGUCUCUAACACUAGCUUUGUGACCCUGGGCAAGUCACAUUGUCUCUCCGAGCCUCAGUUUCCUCAUCUGUAAAAUGUGGACAAAUAAUCCUCAUACUAUCCUCCUGACUGAAUAGUUGGGAAAGCAACAUGCUUUUUGCCAAUACGGGUGAUAUUAUUCUCAAGGUUGGCAUUCUAUUACAAGAGACCACACCGUGAAAACAUUAGAAUCACGAAUUCAAAGCUGGAGGGAAAAUCCCUCUCAUUUUUACAAAUGACGAGACUGAGGCUCAGUGAUCCGCUUAAGGCCACACGGGUAACAUGGCAGAAGCAGGACCGGCCCACAGUCUUUGACUCUGUGCCCAGACCUCUCACCACUCGAUUCUCCUGUCUCUUCAAAAGUUUGAGACUUGGGAGAUUUGUCAAAUCCCCAUGUACUAGAAUUCAAGCCCCCUCCACCCCCCAGCAGCUUAGAAAAGGUGGUUUUCAGAAAACAAGGUGGAAAGCUCACUCUGCACGCCGAGUGAACCUCAGGAGCGUCUGGUGGUCAGAGGGGGUAAAGACUGAAAAUGCAAAUCCUUUCAACGACAAUUUAUGGUUGUUGAAUGAUGGGUCAUCAAAGAGAAAAACUUUCCUUCAAGUAGUCACACACACACCAAGAUCCGGACACACGUACUCGGUGCACUUCAAAUGCAAUUUGAUUCCUAGAAAAUCAGUCACAAAAGGUCAGAGCUGGAAGGACCUCUACUGUCAGAGGUAGAAUAUCUGACAUUAGCAUGGGAAGGGCUCCUCUGUGGCCCCCCACCGAGCUGGAUGACCACUUGCUGGGGGUGUCUGGUGGGGAUUCCUGUUCAGGAUAAGGUCCUGUCGAUCUCUGAGAUUCUGGGAUUCUCCAUGAUCUGCAAAGAGAACCCCACACCAGGAGGCGGGCUGGACGGGACUUGCUCAAAGUCACACAGCCACUCAGGUGCAGAGCUGGACCUUCACCCGAUUUCUGACUUCUAACCCAAUGUUCUUUCUACAACACACUACUCAUACGUGACUUGGUGCCACCUGAGUGAUCUUGGACAAGUCAGGUCCCCUUCGAGGAGCCUCCGUCCUCUCUCCCCCCAUUAAAUAAGGGGAACACACUAGGUGAGCCAAGCCUUAGAGCUCUAAAAUGCUGUGAUCCUGUUGUAGGCGCAAAGCAAGGUUCACCGGGAUCCUGAAAUGUGCUUCUACUGGGGACUGUCUGUUGGCUCUCCUUUUCUCCUGCUCACCCUGAUGUGCUGGGCCUGACUUGGGGUCUCCCUCCUCCCCUUCCUCAUCUUCCUCCUCUUCCCCUUCUUCCUCAACUUUCUCUUCCUCUUCCUCCUCGUCCUCGUCCUCCUCCUCCUCCUCCCUCUAGUCCUUUCUCCCUCCUCCUCCCUCCUCCUCCUCCUCUUCCUCUUCCUCCUCCUCCUCCCUCUCUUACCUCACCCUUGGCAACAUUCCCUCCUGCUGUUGCCCAGGAACCUCCCUGGCACGUGCCCAGGGCCCCUCGGCCGCUGCCCCUCGGGGCUGAGGGGCCGGAUCUCUGCCUCUGCUGCCCCCACAGGCAGGUCGGGGUUUUUCCUUUCUUUUCUUUUCUUAUCUUCUUUCAACUAGAUUAACCAGAAGUAAGUUUCAGGCUCUCUGGGGCUGAGGAAGCAGCGCGGAACCGGCCACGACCUCAGGUUUCUGCCGCUCGGCCUGGCCCAGGUUGGACAGAAGCAGCAGGGUAUGGAUUGAAACAAUAAAAGGUUAAAUUGAUGGAUGACCAACAAGAGAAGGAAUCUGCCUCAGAGGACGGAGGAACCAGGCUGAUUAAUGGGAUGAAAGAAAAUGCCCACCCCCAAGGCUCCAAUGACCAGGAUCUGAUGGUGAAGCUGGCGGCAACGACAUUGCAGACCCUGAGCCUGACACCCAAAGAGACUUUGGUGUCUACCCGGGGCCUUCUGCCUCUGACUUCUAAGAAACCCUGCCUACCAAGUCCCCCAUCUCCCCUGAGGCUGACCGAUGCACCUGAACACUCUUCUAAUGACUCUUCCGUGCAUGCCAUUGCCCUCACAUCUGGUAUAACCAAGGGCCUGAACACAUGGUCGUUGCCAGGGGACUGUGAGAAAGCUCCACUCACCAUCAUGGAACCCGGAGGCAUGUCGGCCUUUACUGGCGACUGUCUCAUGCAGCCAAGUCGGACUUGCCUGGGCUGCUUCAUUGAGUCUAAGGAUGGGAUUGACGCAGAACCGGGUAUCAGCUUGAAACCAGGUGAUAUAAAUAGGGAUUAUGAUACCUGUUCCGUCUCUGAUAUAGGGAUCCAUUGUAUGAACACGGGAGAAACCAUGAGAUUUGGAGAUGAGCUGCUUUCUGACCAACUCCUAGGCUUCCCUCUCCAUAAAUCCAGAGCAGGAGACAAAAGAGACACAGAGAAAUCUGACAGCGACUCAGAGGACCCCACUCAGAAAAAUUAUUACGAGGGAUUGCUAUUGGAUAAAUGCAACGGUGAGGAAACUCUGCUUUCAAAUACUAACCAGGAAUGGGGCUACUUUGAAUCUUUCAUCAGUGAGAGCAAGAUCGAGCUCCUUGACCUCUGCUCAAAAAAUGAGCUGUCCGUCAACCUAUUUUCAGAGGAGGAUGUAGACAACUAUAUGUUUGACGAUGACGACUCUACUCUGGGCAGUGACGUCUGCUCCCUGAAGAUCCGAUAUGAAUCCUUCCAGGACAACGUGCGAGACAAGACCAAUGUCCUGCAGGACGAUGCCCAGUUCAACUUCUUCCCCAGUGUUUUCACCAGCUGCUCCAAGAGGGAGACAAAGAGUGGAGGCCUGAAGCGGAGUGGAGACUCCUCCCAGUUCAAAGUCCCCACGGAGAGCAUCAUCUGGGGGGAAGAGGAUGAGGAGGAAGAGGACAAGAAAAUCAGAGAUCAGGAAGCUGAAGUCCAGGAGAACAAGGGAGUAGAGGAAGAAGAAAAGGAGUUUGGAGGGUUGUCUGCCUUAAGCAAACCGUGCAAGGGGACUGAUGUGGUCAAGUAUGUCAAUUCCAAGCGCAACCCCUUCCUUGACUCUGCCAACUCUGCAGAGGAUUCUGGGGAGUUCAGCGAUGACAGCUCCUGCACUGAGUCUUCGUACGAUGCCUUGAAGGAGAAUAAGGAUUGUAGCCGCUAUCUUACCCGUGAUCCUCAUUCUGGCUCCUCUUCUGCCUCCACCACCAUCCAGCAGAACUAUGGACUGAGGGCUAAAAGGAAAGUCCGGUACAGUGAAGACUACCUAUAUGAUGUUGAUUCCAUAGAAAGUGAGAGGAUGUGCGAGAAGAAGGAGUGGCAGCCAGAUGGGCAGAAGGAAGAGGAUGAUGACGAAUGGUGCCCCAAGAAGAGACGGAAAGUGCCUCGCAAGGAACCUCCAGUCAUUAUCAAAUAUAUUAUCAUCAAUCGAUUCAAGGGGGAGAAGCACAUGCUGGUGAAGCUGAGUAAGGUGGACGCCAGUGAGAUGACAGUAACAUUGAAUGAGGACCUGCUGCACAAGUAUGCCAGGCUGGCCCCACUGAAGGGUUUUUGGCAAGAGAAGCAGCAGAAUCGCCUUGAUUCCCUUAGAUCCACCCUUUACCACAAGCAAAGCUUCCACCUGAAUGGCCUCGAGGCCCCAUUCCCACCUCCUCCUCGGAAAAGAAAGUGCAAACUGGCCAACCGGCACAGGAUCCAGAGAAUCCAAGCCAUCGAACAUUCGACAAACAAACAGGGCUCCUUCUCCUGUGAUCAGAAGCAAGCUGCUGGCAGUAAAGAAGAUGCAGGCUCAAAAGGUGCACCUCACACAGGGGCUAGAGCUACCUCCAGCUGUGCCAGUGAAGUGCAUUUAAAUGACAUGGCUGGUCCUGACUCAGCGAAGAACCGAUCACAAGACCGAGAGUUCCGCAAAGGGCCAGAGAGGAAAGUGCUCCACCGAAUCAAAUUUAAAAGUGAAGCCAGGUUAAAAUGCAAGAAGAACAAAGCUGGGCAGGAAAGUAGUAAGGCGGCCCCUCAUCCAGCUCCGGACAGCCAAGAGGCAGGCUCCUGUCUCAAGAAUGAGAAUAUUCGUAGAGCCCCGGACAGCUCCCAUCGAUCCGAUUGUCGGGAAGAUAAUGCUACUAAAAAUUCUCUCUUCUUACCAGCCACCUGCUCGCCUGACACGCCUCUACCAUCUGCUAAUAUCGCCACCAAUGUACCCGUUAUCCCUGGAGGGUAUCUACAGACAUUGUUAGAUGCAUCGGAUUUAUCAAACGCUACCACCAUCUCCUACUUCGCCCACCAUCCCCCAGGCCAGCAUUCUGCUGUCCUUCCUCAGCCAGAAAAAGCAUUCACAUCUCUCCAAACUGGCCAGAGCUGUGUGCUCUCCCCACCUUCAGAGUCUGAGCUGCAGCACUCACCCCAUCCCCUCAAAAUGGAUGCAAGUUCCUUUGGAAGUAUGUGGCCCAACAAGGCUAUGACUGGCCCUCAGGAUUUUAUGGCUGAUGCCCCAGGAGAGGCAACUGGGGCCCUCUCAGGCAAGUUUGGUGGCUCUGAAAUAAUUCCAACAGGGGAUAACCUCUCAGCUGCUAUCUAUGGCCCAAUGGGGGGCAGCAAGCACCCAUACCCCUCUAAAUAUAUGCAGGACAACCAGCUGCCACCCGAUGAUGUCUAUCAGCAGUGCCAUUUCAAUAAUGCAGAGGCCUGCUUUCCUUUCCAUCGGGGCACGCUCAACACAGACAAUGGCCGGCUCAUUAGCUUUGAUUCCGUGGGCUCGCUGUCAGUCAGCUCCAGCAAUUACAGCUCCUUGAGCUUGAAGUCUUGUGAAAAGGAGGGUGACGAGGAUAUCAGUGAUGACUUCUUAGCUCACUGCAGUCCCAAGCUGGUGAUCCAGCAGAGCAUUGAUGAGAUCACCCCUUUAAAGGAGUCCACUGACCUCCUGGACAUCUCUAAUUUCACACCAGACAAAUUCCGCCACUCAUCUCUCUCAGAGAUGUCUCCACCAGACACCCCUAGUCUUUCGCCACAAAUCACAGGCUCAGAGAAUGGCAAGGCACUAGGGGUACUUAAGGUGUUCCCAGAGGGCACCCCAGGCCCUUUGAGCAGCGGAGAGAAGGUCAAGUGGGACUGUGGCAGCCUUCCACACCAAGAUGAGACAGGUGAUGGAUUUAAUUUAUGUAACCAUCAGUUUCAGUUCCAUAUGUUCAAUGAUGAGGACUCUGUCGGCCUACUCCAAAAAAACCCUUGCCUGUCAACAUUUAAUGAGCCAUCUGGUCAAAUUAGCACCAGUAGCAAAGUGUCAAAAUCAAAAAAGAAAAGUUCACCCAGCAAGAGUGGGGUUAUAAACCAAAGCUCUUCCCCAAAAGGCACCAGGAAAAAGACUUCUAAAGCCAACAAUAAAGGAAUUGAAAAGUCACCCAGCAAAGCCUCCCGCCAGAUGCCCAAGUCAACAAGAAAAGGAAAAUAUGCAGCAGCUGUGGCUAAUGGUGAGAAAACUCAAAUCGGUCUCAUCCGAGGAGGUGGUCAGCUCAACAAUGCCGCCACGGGAAAGUUCUUGGCAGGAUGUGUACACCAUGGUAGCCCCACAACCCCUGUGAAGAUGACAGGCCACAAGGACUUCUCUGGGGAGUGGUCAAUGGGGAAGGACAGUGGCACAGGCUGGACUGAUGUAGGCAUGGGCAAUACCAACAGCCUCCUGGAUGACGACCAGAGAGAAUUUGAAGAACCUUCUAACAUUUUGUCCAACAUUGCUUCUGGCAUGGCUGAUGUGCAGAGAUUCAUGAUGGCCUCCAUGGAGCCCCUUUGGAGCCCAGUGGGCCAUCAUGGGGUUCCAAAUAUAUACCGCUCUCCUGAGUCCAACAGCCUAAAAUUAAAAACCCUAAAAAUCUUGGCUGGUACCCCACAGGAGUCUAAGAAAAAGGCCAACAGUGGCUCCCCAGGAGCCAGUAAGAAUCACAGAUCACCCAAGAGUUCUAGCAGAAGCAGCGGGAAAGUAGUCAUAGGUGAUCCUAGCCGGGCAAACACAGCAGGGUACAACUCAGACAUUCACUCUCCCUUCUUGGAUAAAAACUAUAGUAACUUGAGCACUUUAGGAAAUAACGGACCUACACACAAAAAGUUAUACCGUCACAAAUCCAGCUCAAAAACCCUGAGGGAUGAGAAUUGUAAGGGAAAACGUCAGGAGCGGGAAGCAGCCCUCAAGGAUUCAGCUGGGACAUCUACUUUCGAAAAACUGAGGUAAUAGUAUACCAAAAUGGCUCAGAUAUACCCUUAUCUUUCCUACUACCUGCUAAGCCUGCAGUCCUACAUUUUCUCCUUCCUCAAAAACAAGUUUGCAUGAAAGAGACCAUCCCCUUUCCCCCUCCCACCUUUUGCAAAAUUAAAAAGGAAAUGAAAGGGGAAAAGGGCACCAGAAGUACUCAUACUUGCAAGCUACCUAGAAAGAAUGAAAAAAAAAAAAACCAAAAAAAAAAAAAAAAAAAAAAAAACCAAACCCAAAAACAAACAAAAAAAGAUUUUUUUUUCUGACUCAGCUGGUGUUAAACACUAACAAAGCUCCUUUUUUCCCCCCUCCAGUUUUUAUUCUUUAUUUCUUGAGGGAAAAAACGCCCAAUUAUCAGAUGUGCUCUUCUUAAUGAUUUAGAAAAGGGAAAGACUUCAGGGGGAACCACCUUUUGUAAAAAAAAAAAUAGAA